ACGCACACCAGCAAAAAACGCGCAUCAGUCUGAGCUCGAAGAAGACACAAACGAUACGUCUCGAAGUCGAAAACGGAACGCGAUUCACUUUUUUUCCUCAUUAGCCGAAACAGGGAGAGGAAAAAACGCUUCUAAGAAAAGCUAUUUUCCGAUAAAACGGCUCGCGACAGCAUCAUCCUUUGAACCUGCACGAAGUGAGGGCAUUGGAUAGUGAAGGCAUCCCGUAGCAGCGGAAAAAAACGUCCAGAGAAGAUUCGGUGUCGUAAUCCGUGUUUGUGUGAAGGACAAGAGUGAAGCGGAUUCCGCACGGCCGUGGAUAGCGACAGCACCCAACUGGCGCCUGUGUCGAAGUUCUUCUUCACCCCCUCGUUGCGUUUCCGCGAUUGGAAUUAGAAAGAAACCCUUUGUCGGAACCCGUUGAACGCAAUAAGCGAUCCAGCAGAUUUGAAGUAGGUUCUCGCGAAACUUGGCACCAACUAGUAGCCACGCAGAUCCUUUCUUGGUUCUGGGAACAGUGAGACUGACGACACGGCGGCCGCCGAAGCAGAUCAACAACAGCCGGACGCUGGAGCGAGAGAUUUCGAAAACGAAGACGAUCACGAUAACGAGGACGACGACGACGAAAAGAACCACCACCGCCAGAAGCGACAAUCGCCAACGGAUGAAAACCAGAAAGAAUCCAGCGGUAGUCCAACGUUAAGUGGUAGUGAAGGUCAAAAUCCGAAAGAGGAUACUCAGGCAGAGGAAAAGGGAAGGGAGAUAGAAGAGCAGCAUCGGAAGGAACUUCCGCAACAUUCGAGGCAGGGACAACUGAAUUCAAAGCCAAAGCUCCAAACCGAAGCGCAGGGAAUGCCAUCGGCAGUCAGCGGUGGCGGCGGGGGAGGAGGAAACCACACCGGAGGCGGUGGUGGCAAUGGCAACAACAUGAACCCCCAGACCAACGAAGAAUGCGGCAUUCGCGAUGUCUGGCGACACAAUUUGGACGAGGAAUUCCGCACCAUUCGGCACAUCGUUCAGAAGUACCACUACGUGGCGAUGGACACGGAAUUUCCCGGCGUUGUCGCACGACCGGUGGGCGAGUUUCGCUCAUCGGCUGACUAUCAGUAUCAAUUUUUGCGGUGCAAUGUCGAUUUGCUACGGAUCAUCCAGCUGGGGUUGACCUUCAUGGACGAAGAAGGCCACACACCGCCCGGCUUCUCCACGUGGCAGUUCAACUUCAAGUUCAAUCUCAACGAAGACAUGUACGCACAGGACUCGAUCGAUCUACUGCAGAACUCGGGAAUCCAGUUCAAGAAACACGAAGAGGACGGAAUCGACCCGUUGGAUUUCGCCGAACUGUUGAUGACCUCCGGCAUAGUGCUGAUGGACAACAUCAAAUGGCUCAGUUUUCACUCGGGCUAUGAUUUCGGUUAUCUGUUGAAGCUUCUGACGGACCAGAACCUUCCGGCCGAGGAGAGCGACUUCUUCGAAUUGCUUCGAAUCUACUUCCCGACGAUCUACGACGUCAAAUAUCUGAUGAAAAGUUGCAAGAAUCUUAAGGGCGGUCUGCAGGAGGUGGCCGAUCAGUUGGAACUACGUCGUGUCGGCCCACAGCAUCAGGCCGGCUCGGACUCCCUGUUGACCGGGAUGGCGUUCUUCAAGAUGCGUGAGAUGUUCUUCGAGGACAACAUUGACAACGCCAAGUACUGUGGCCAUCUGUACGGUCUGGGAACAUCAUUCAUCGUGAACGGAAGUAGCAAUACGAUCAGCAGCAGCACUAACAACAGUUCGAGUGCCACCAUUAGCAACUCGAAUGCUAACGCAAACACCGGUUCAGGAACGACCGGCACUUCUGGUGCUGGAACAGGCGGAAAUGGUGGCACCACGAGCUCCUCCAACAACAGUAAUAACAACAACAACAAUAAUAAUAAUAACACAAAUAGCAGUAGCGGAAACAACUAUCACGACAAUGGCGAAACGAACGCGACAUCCUGAUUUCGUCUGUUAGUUCGUUAGGAAAUCAAACACUGUCCCAAUUGACCGACACACUUUGAGGAAAUCCAACCAGGCACUCUAACGAAGCAAGUAAUAUUCUCUUUAAAGGACACACACAAUAUUUAUUACAGCUUUAGUACUAAAUCCCUUAUCUAUCGUAACUAGGCAUAGAGAGCACCGAUGAAUGCGUGGUCGUUCAUUUUUCUUAUUUUAAGUUCAGAGCUGGGGAAGAGAAGCAAACUUGUUUCUCUUCACUUUCCGAAAUUGAAGUAAACCUCAUUUUAUCAUCUUCGACGAAUGAUAGGAGCCACACUGCUGAUUAUCAGAUUUUGUUUUUAACAGCCGAACAGGCAGGAAGUUAAGACGAUUGGAGUGAUUUAUAACUUACGCAUUUUCUAUCAAUAGAGAAGAAGGAAAGAGUGUAGUUAGAAGGAACUUUGAAUCCAAAAUGAAAGGGACAACUACCACGUAGGAAAACUACAAGUUAGAUUUAUGUUUUAUGGCCAAUUGUUUUCUGUUCCAUUCGGACCACCACGAAUCAUCGAUGGGGUUAGUACCGAAGACAGCUGGAUAUUGGCUAAACAAGUUGAAAUGUCAUGUAUUUAUAUUGAGGGUCUUUGACACGGUUAUCAGGCUUCGUUUCAUAUUCAAGCAAAGAAAAGUUAUGAAAAUUUCACUCUGUAAAACACUGUUAUUAGAAAUAUAAAAAAAUGAAUCGAAUGAUAGGAGAAUUUUCUAUUGGGAAGUAACUAC